AUGCACCAGUCGAGGAAAAAAGCUCUUGCGGAUUUGCACCAAAUGCGAACUGUGAAUAUGGAGGAGCUUAGCGACGUACAGUGCAGACCCGAGUCUCAGCUCAAGUUCAUUACUGAUGCCUGGCAGCAGGAGAGUGCUGAAAUGGUCUUAUGCUUAUCGGUACUGUACUAUUAUUACCAGUACAGCUGCAGGCAUGUGGAAUCCUGA